AUGGGUUCAUAGAAUUGCACGGUAUAGAAAAUAUAGACAAACCCCUGGAAAGUCAGGGUUUCUGAGAUCCUUGGGGGGUCGACAACUCCAGAUUACACACUCUUUUUGUUUCGCUCCAGAUCAAUUGAGUCGCCUUAUUCUCAUUUUUACUUGAUCAAAGUAUAGAUUUUUGUUUAGUCUCCAGGAAAGAAACGGGGCCUUUUCUGCGCUAUCAUCCGCUGAGUUUCUCAGUUUUAGCUGGCAAUUUUUUCCAAAAUCAGAUAUCUGCAGAUUUACAGUCUCCCGACGAUCAGCUUGUUCUGAAGAAGAUCAUCGACAAUCCCAGUCUCAAUAAUUCAUUUAUACUGUCUGAUAUAUUCUGAUCUAACUUAAUCCCUCGCUAACUUCUACUCAUUGGCCUCUGUCAUGGCAGCUUCCAGAACUGAGCGAUCAAUCGUUCCUUGUCAGCAGAUCAAAAUCAAAACCCCGAAGAAAAACGGGGGGGGAGCUUUCAUUUCCAGCCCAUCGUCGGAGAAUUCGGGCGUCUAUGGGGUUAUCUUACACCCUCAUUCGCAUCCUCUGUCUUCAUCUGUCGGCAGUCACCAUUGUCGACAAAACCAACAGCCACCUCUGCUUCCUCUACCGAUUUCUGCGCUUCAGCAGCCUCUGAUUUCUAGAAGCGUCAGUCAAGGUUUCUCUUGCCCUCCUCCCCCCACUCGAAGGAACAGAAUCAGAGACGCGUCCCUCACGCCCAAGAUAUCAAAACAAGCCAAGCGAGAAGAAGUGAAAAGAGAUCUGAAAUCAGCAUCUCGAUCCAUAUCGGAGCUUCUCCACGUCCAUCAGAGCAAUCGGUUGGGACCCGACCCGGCUUACCUUCCCAGGUACCUUCCUAUCGUUUUAACCACGGCGUCAGGAGAGGGAAAAUUCGAAACAUUUCCGGGUUCGGUGUUUAGUCUGUCUCCGCCACCCAGCAGCUUGCCGCUACCCAAGUUUUCUCUGAGACAGAAACUUAGUUGCAACGCUGGGGCCGCCGGCGUUGACGCGGGCGCAACCGACGAUCUCCGGCGACUUCUGCGACUCCGCUGAAGUUGCAUCCGCGAUUUGGUGGUGGAAUGUUUAGUGGGUGCGCCGGUGAUGGCUUCCGCUGUUCAGUAGUAUUGCGUAAAUAAAAGGAUUAUUGGGUUACAAAGAUGAAUGUUACAUGGUAUAACAAGAUCUUCGGGAAGAUGGGCAGUUUUUCAGAGAACAUCCAAAUGCAAAGCCUAUUACUGCAGCCCAAACAGACCAUCCUAACGCUCAAUUUUGAAGGCAGAGGUUGCUAUUAUCAUGUUCUGUUGUGCUCUACGCACUUGCGUUUGUUCUUGCUCAGGCUCAAGCGAGAAAAAUUGAUAAAGCUUAUUGUUGCUCCUGCAUAAAUCGAGAGCAGUUUCAAAAACGUUGUUAUCAAGCAUGCACUGGGCGUUUAAUGACACUACUAAUAUGGGCUUUCAUGUCUCUGAUUGCGGAAUGCGAAAGCUGAAUCUGACGCUGCCACCAAAGUGGUUCUUCAACCGACAAAGCAAAAGAAGGCGGCACAAAAGACCUCUUCAAUAUUGUGAUCAAGAUGGCACGAGAAGGGUUGCAAGGUGGCCCUGAAUAAAAGUUUUUGGAACUCUGUGCUGGCUGAUUUGGAAGAACAGGUGUUGAAAAAGCUUCGAGGGAUCGAGCGCUCAGCCAUGCAACUCGAUUCAUCUUUCCUUAUAUCACCUGAUGGAAGGAGUUGAAAAUGGCAAGAUUCAAUCUUCCAGAUGGAAGGCAGAGAAAACAUCAAAUGGAAAUUACGUCGAGCUGGAUAUGUUCGAGUGGAUGUUGAUGGUUCAGUCUUUCACCAAAACCAAGCUGUUUGUGGAGGAGUUGCGAGAGACGAUCAAGGAAAUUGGCUCAGGGGACUUCAACAAGAUCUAGGCUAUGCCCCGUCCACUGCAGCAGAAUUACUGGCUAUCAGAUCGGGAUUGAGGAUGUACAAAGACAUGAACUUUUCACAGGUUCAGCUGUCUGCGGACUCCUUGGAAGCUAUUCAACUUUUGUUGAUGGAUAGUGGAGAUGGACACCCUUUGAGUAGCGAGACACAAGAGACCAGGAUGCUCAUUUUUUCCACCUGGGAUAUUGAAAUCCGUCAUACAUGCAGAGAAGCACUGAAGUGUGUAGAUUAUCUUACAAAGUCAACUCAUGGGUCGAGUAGGGAAAUGAGGCCACUUUCAACAGGCCAUAGACAAUAUUGUGUGGCGCAAGUUGCUCAGGAUGUCUUGAAGGCCAAUAUGGGGGCCUUUGACCAGAUGUAAUUUUGUUUGUUUUGUCUUCAAGCGUAGCUUGCCUUGUUAUUCAAAAAAAAAAAAUUGUGAUCAAGAAUAAGAAAUUGAUAGGAGGUUGAAGCCUCUCAAACGGCCAAUCUCAUUUUCUCCA